UGAAUACAAACCACCGUUGAAGUUGAUAAACAUGGCUGCCCCCGGCGGAAAAGGCAUUGCCACCACCAACGAGGUGAUCGAGAGUGCCUUAAUUAGGGCCCCUCUUUCGCAUGUCUGGCACUUCAUCAAGCUGCCCGAGUUCCACAAGUUCUGGUCCGCCAUUGACAAGGCCGAGCAUGUCAAGGGCACCAGCAGCGAGACGGAUGUGGUUAGGUGGACUUUCAAGGACGGCAGCGUCGUCGAGGUCAAGCAGGACGAGCACAGCAACCUCGACCACUUCAUCACAUACAGCGUCAUCAACACGGAGCCCGAACUGACGUACUCGAGCGUUGUGAGCACUAUCCGCUGCUGGCCCGUGACUUCUGGCGAGUUCGAGGACUGCACCUUUGUUCGCUGGACGUCCAAGUUUUCCAGUGAUGCCGACAUUGGUGUUCUCGAGGAUGCCAAGUACAAGCGUCGUGACGCUCUCAAGGACCUCGGGAUGGCAGCCGCCAAGAUGGUAAAGGAGCAUGCCAAGUAAGAGCUGGAACUCAAACAUGUUCUCCAACGUGCUCUCCAACGUAGGGUUGCUGCUCGGACAUGGAGAAAAUGGUCGUCCAUUCGAAGAUGACAAGAAAGCAGCUGAGAGGUGGUGUGAGAGGUGGUGUGAGAGGUGGUGUGAGAGGUGGUGAAUCACUCGAGUCUGAAGUUUAGCCAUCAAAUAUCAUCGAGAUCUUGUAAUCACAAGCCUUACGCGUGGUC